UUAGACAUGCGCUUUUGAUAUUUCCGUUUUCUCCAUGUGCUGAUUUUCUUCAGAAUUUCAUCAUUAAUUUAGCAAUUAAAACAUUUUUCUGAUGUUUUAUAUGGUUUAGAUAAUUAUAACACAAUCGACUAAGGGUAUUUACAGUAAUCGAUAAGAUGGCAACGCGAAUCUUUAAUGCUAUUGGUCGCAUUGGUAUCGGUAUAGCUGUGGCCGGCGGUGUUGUUCAGACGGCCCUAUAUAAUGUUGACGGUGGUCAUAGAGCAGUUAUUUUUGACAGAUUUACUGGAGUGAAACCAGGAGUUAUUGGCGAGGGUACACAUUUUUUAAUUCCAUGGGUCCAGCGUCCUAUUAUUUUUGACUGUCGAUCUCGACCAAGAAAUGUACCUGUUAUUACUGGUAGCAAAGAUUUACAGAAUGUAAACAUUACAUUAAGAAUAUUAUUCCGACCUGUUAUAACUGAUUUACCCAAGAUAUAUACUAAUCUAGGUUUAGAUUAUGAAGAAAGAGUUCUACCAUCUAUUACCAAUGAAGUUUUAAAAGCUGUAGUGGCCUUAUUUGAUGCUGGAGAAUUGAUUACGAAUCGUGAAGUUGUAUCAAUGAAAGUUAGUGAGGAAUUGGUAGAAAGAGCUUCACAGUUCGGGAUCAUCUUAGACGAUAUUUCACUGACCCAUUUGACGUUUGGUCAUGAAUUUACAUCUGCAGUAGAACAGAAACAAGUGGCUCAACAGGAAGCUGAGAGAGCCAGAUAUAUGGUAGAAAAGGCUGAACAAAUGAAGAUUGCUGCCAUUGUUACUGCCGAGGGUGAUUCUAAAGCCGCUGAACUUUUGGCCAAAUCAUUUGGAGAUGCUGGAGAAGGUUUAGUCGAGCUACGGAAACUUGAAGCAGCAGAAGAUAUAGCUUACCAAAUGUCAAAAUCUAGAAAUGUGACAUAUUUACCGCCUGGACAACAAACUCUUCUGUCACUUCCUCAGUGAUGUGUUUUAUAGACAAUAAGUGAAGGUUAAUAAGAGACUUGUUAUUCAAGACUAUUCAUGUGUAGAAAUAUUUAGAGCUGUUGAGAUAAUCAUUGAAAACUACAGAAUACAGGAAGAGACGACUAUAUUUAAACCAAUAAUACAGUUGUAACAUUAUUAAACUAAUAUUGUGAACAGCUUGGUAAGGAAAUGUGAUUAAUGAGGGUCAUCUAUCUUAAAUUUAACGUACAUAAUAAUGCAUCUUGACUGUAAUAACUUAAAACAAUUUGUAGCCAUUUUCUCUGUAUACUAUAUUUCAGUACCAUACUCAAUUCUAAUGAGAUGAAAUGUGAUUGGCUUCUUGUUAAUCAACACACCAUUAUCCAAUAAUCAGGUCAUUGUUAUGUUAUCAAGGACAGUAAUUAGCCUGUCACCUAAUUCAAUACUUUUGAUUAUGUAUGGUAACUACUCAAUACUUUUAUUGUUCGGAAGGUUGUAAUGUUAACUACCCCAUACUUUUAAUGUUUGGAGUGUUGUAUAGGUCGAUAACUAGAAGUUUAAUAAGUGAUACUAGUAUACAUGUACACAUAUAUUACUUCUGUACACUAGCCUAUAAUUUCAAGUUUAGCUACAUGCUAGUAUAAUAGUUUCUCUAUAUGUAGUAAUAUUAUACAGUAGAUAUAAAAGAUAUACAUGUAUGUGUGCUAAGUGUGAAUGUAUGGAAUAAAAAUCAAUUUCUUUAUUAAAUCAA